AUGGAGGACCCGCUGGAGCGUAGUGAGGACGAGGAACAGCAGCACGAGGAGAACGGCACCGCGGACGCGUUGGAAGCUGCGGACAACGUCGACGAUGACAGGUUCCAACUGGUCGACGCAGAGGAGGACGCCGAACGCACCAAGGCAAAAAUGGAUCAAUGUGAGGCUUGGGUGAGACAAAAGCAGGAAGCUUUGGCCAGGUUUCGCAGGGACUGCGAGGCGGAGGUGAAGCGCAUCAAGGCGGUCAUGGAGGAGCACGUUGGCCAGCUAGAGCUCAAGCUGAAAGGAGAAAUGCAAGUUUCUCUGGACGGAUUCGUCGAAGCCAAGAUCGAACAUAACCACAGGGACAAGAGGCCCGGAAAGCGCACCAGAUCCUGUCCUCCUUCUCCGCUGCCCCUCUGGUCUCGAAGAUGCGGCGUUUCGAUUGAUUCAUUCGGAUACGCUAUCAUCUUCCAGACGCCCUCAGAGGCACACCUUUGCCGGAGAGCGUACGGGUCUGUCUCCAUGGGACUCCGGAUGUGAACACGGGGCAGCCCUCGAACCGGUCUCCAGCGUUGCGACACCUCGAUGGGGUUGUCGACUUUCGGCCACCAGCGUACUGCACCAGCACCAACACUCCAGUCGGGUGCCAGCCACAACCAAAGCUCUAUAUCGAGAAUGUUUUAUUCUGCGUACCAUUGCCUCCCAAGCUGUUGAGCCUCAACGGACGAUAGCGUCAUGAACGUGACCCUCGGGGGCGAUGGAACCCAAGCUCUAUAGAGAAAAUUUUAAGUCACCGUACCAUUGCCUCCCAAGCUGUUGAGCCUCAACGUACGAUAGCGUCAUGAACGUGACCCUCGCGGUGACGGGGGUGCACGUCUUCGAGAGCGACAUUGGCUUUGCUGGACCCA